AUGGCUGUCGCAUCUUCUUCCUCGAGCGACAGCAGCUCGAGCCGGUCGACCUCUCCUGAGCCAGCAAAUAAUCAGAAGCAGAAGGUUAAGGCAGUCACCAAGGCCAAGGAUGAGAUUGAAGAAGAGUCUUCGGGCUCGUCAGACUCAGAGUCGGGUUCCGAGUCCGGUUCAGAGUCCGGCAGUGAAUCUGGAAAUUCCGAUGAAAUGGAUACUAGCGAGGAUGCUACCGAAGAUCAGUCUCCAACCAAAAAGAUCAAAAUUCCCGGCCCGCAACAAUACAAGCCACCUGCGGGCUUCAAGUCCGCCAAGAAGCAUACGCCCUCGUCCUCCUCCUCAAUUCUCUCCAACUUGCGUGGCAAGCAAGUCAUCCACAUCACCGCUCCGUCUUUCCUCCCGCUGUCCAAGGUCAAAGAGAUCUCCAUGGGCAAGAUCUUGAAGGGUGAGCCAAUCCUCACAUAUGAGGGCAAGAAGUACGGAAUUCCGGCCGAUUCUAUGAACGAAGACGACCCUGAAGGCAAAACGCUACUUGUGUACGAUGAGGGUUCUCAGACAUACCGCAACAAGGCCGAGCACAUCCCCAGCUAUCAGAUCCAGGAAUUUAUUGGUCUGGCAGCAGAAAUUGCGCCCAAUGAUUCCGCGAUUGAGAAGCUGCGAAGCACCGUCAAGCCACCCCGACCUCAACCCAAGAACCUGAAAAUGCGCUUCCGACCAGUUGGCAGCCUGCCCAGUGGCCCGGAAACCCUGGGUUCUAGCUCAGAGUCUGAAUCAGAGGAGCCAUCAUUUAAGGUCCCUCCCAACGAGAAAGAGAGAAAGAGAAAGCAUCACCAUACUGAGGCCGAGACUACGCAAAUAGUCAGCGAGCCCCGGAAGAAAUCCAAGAAGCACUCGUCGCAAGAUAAUGAAGAGGAGCGCAGCACGAAGAAGUCAAAGAAGUCGCACAAGGACCGCGAGGAGAAGAAGCGGAAAAAGUCUGAAAAAGCAUGA